AUGUCAUGGGCCGCAAUAGAUCCAUGUACACCAACCCCAUUGAAGGCUUCAAGGCCCGCUAAAAGACCCCGUGUUGAAUUUGAAGAGGAAAUAUUCCCCAUUUCCGUGUCUGAUCCACAAGCACGGUCUGUUACAGCCGAGACACAAUCAUCACACGUUUUUGCCACAUCAAUGCCAUUCCACAAGGAUGCAAAGUACAUUGUUUUUGAAGAGUGUCUCCUCAGCCUGUUCGAGAGUUGUCCUGUUUGCACCCGGGCUUGUGAUGUCUGCCCACGCAGAAGAGGGACCUUUAUAGCCAUCGAGCAGCUGUGCGCUCGCUGUGGGUUCUCCAGACGGUGGCGGAGCCAGCCUGUGGUCGGCAGCACUCCCGCGGGCGACCUCCAGCUCUCCGCCGCCGUCUGUUUCAGCGGAGCUUCCUUCCUGAAGAUGCGAAAGGUGUUCAGGGCGAUGCACCUGAAAACACAUACAUAUGAUGCUUUUAGAAGACAUGCCAGGACAUACCUUGAGCCUGCUAUCAUAUACAAGUGGACUGAGGAGCAAAGUUUGCAACGGCACGACCUGAGCCAGAGCAAGAGUGUCAUUGUUGCUGGUGACAUGCGAGCAGACUCGCCAGGACAUUCGGCAAAAUAUGGGAGCUACACUAUGAUGGACUUGCAGACCAACAACAUAAUAGACAUUCAGCUGGUGCAGAGCAGCGAGGUAGGGGGACGCCGCCACAUGGAGGAGGAGGGCCUAAGAAGAAGCCUGGACCUCCUGGAGGAAAGCGGCGUGAAGUUGGACUGCGUUGUUACUGACCGUCACCCUCAGAUACGAAAGUUUUUAAAGGAUCGUAAAAUUAACCACUAUUAUGACGUCUGGCACAUGGUGAAAGGAUUGUCAAAGAAGCUGGAGAAAAUUUCCAGAGAGAAGGACUGUAGUUUGGUGAAGAAGUGGCGUAAGAGCAUCACCAACCACCUGUGCUGGUCCGCCAGCGGCGCUGAUUCGGGACCCGAGAGGGUCGCCAAAUGGACCUCCAUCAUGAACCACAUUCAAGACAUCCACACACAUUCUGACCCAGCGUUCCCUCGCUGUCAACAUGAGCAAAGGGUGUCUAAGGACCAUAGCAAGUGGUUUCAUCCAGGUUCAACAGCACUGGAUAAGCUUCAUAGGGUCCUGAUGAACAAGAGAGUGCUUUCAGAUGUAGAGAAGCUGAGUCCACAUUACCAGACAUCAACUGUGGAGUCAUUUCACAAAGUCAUCUCGCACUUUGCACCGAAACAUGUUGUCUUCCCCUUCAUUGGGAGGCUCUGCAGGCUGUAUCUCGCAGCGAUGCACUUCAAUGAGAAUGCUGUCCGGACACAAGUGACGACAUCUAAAGGGAAACGCGUGUACGAGCCUCUCUUUCCAAAGCCCAAACCGGGAGGACACGCAUGUGAAUGUGUGUGUUGGUCCCUGAGAUCUGGAGCGUUUCUGGAACAUCAUGACUCUAGUUUUCUGGAGGUUGACGGUCAGGGCCCAGGACUGACAGUAAUCCUCCAGCAGAUCCAGGCUGUCCUGAAGCCCCUCUUUAGUAGGCGACAGGAGGACCAGGUCGUCUGCGUAGAGAAGACACUUGAUCUCGGUGUCGUGUAG